GACGUAGUCAUUCAUGGCCGUGCUGCACUGCCUCGUAGUUCGCCUGACAUCGGUUCUCAAGUUUAGCGGUCACAUCGAUAUGGUCGUGAGAGAAUACUAGACCACAACUAAAAUAAACAUGUUUAUUAUUUUCGGUAGUGCACGGUUUGUAACAAAGAGAUAGAUAACCCGAAAUGAUCACGAAUGAGUAGUCUUUUUCUCGGUAGUAGCUUAGUAGCUGGCGACUUGCGUCAACACAAAGGCCUUGGUAGCUUGUUCAGCGAUUGCCCGUCCCUGAUUUUACGGGCUUUUCGUUUUUAUGUUAAUUUUUCGAAUUCAGUCAUUGUUUGUUCUAAUACGACAUCUAAAGGACCCCACCCGUUUUUCGGUAAUGGCGGACGAAGAGGCGGUGGUCUUGCAGCAGAAUCUCGACAGGAGCUGCUGGGUCUGCUUCGCAACAGACGAGGAUGACCGCACAGCAGAGUGGGUGCGACCAUGCCGCUGCCGGGGUUCCACCAAGUGGGUCCACCAGGCCUGCCUACAGCGCUGGGUGGAUGAGAAGCAGCGCGGCAACAGCACUGCACGCGUAGCCUGUCCGCAAUGUAAUGCGGAAUAUCUCAUUGUCUUUCCUAAACUGGGUCCCGUGGUCUACGUACUGGACUUGGCCGACCGACUCAUAUCAAAGGCCGGACCUUUCGCGGCCGCAGGCAUCAUGGUGGGCUCUAUAUACUGGACUGCUGUCACAUACGGCGCCAUCACCGUCAUGCAGCUAGUGGGCCACAAGGAAGGCCUCGAUGUUAUUGAGCGGGCCGACCCGCUUUUCCUUCUCAUCGGCCUGCCCACCAUCCCCGUCAUGCUGAUCCUCGGCAAGAUGAUCCGCUGGGAGGAUUACGUCCUGCGUCUGUGGAGGAAAUACUCCAACAAACUACAAAUCCUCAACAGCAUCUUUCCCGGGAUCGGCUGCCCGGUCCCCCGCAUACCUGCUGAGGCCAGCCCCUUGGCCGAUCACGUCUCGGCCACCCGCAUCCUGUGUGGCGCUCUGGUGUUCCCCACCAUCGCGACUACCGUGGGGAAGCUCAUGUUCAGCAGUGUCAACUCCAACUUGCAGAGGACCAUCCUGGGAGGAAUCGCCUUUGUGGCCAUCAAGGGGUCGUUCAAAGUGUACUUCAAACAGCAGCAGUACAUGCGGCAAGCUCACCGCAAGAUCCUCAACUUUCCUGAGCAGGAGGAAGCCUGACAACCCCGCAAGAGGGAAUUAGCGUCAGUCUCACGAUCCCACCGGACUGCCAAAAUAAUGUUUUUAAACCUAUGAUACGCCACUUCUGAAAAUGGAUAAACGCACCAGAAAGUGUACACAUGAACACUUGUUGUAUUUUAAGGUGAGGAAAUGCAAGGCUGGUAUAAGUAGACUGUUUUAUAUCAUUUACCUGAAAAGUUUCUUUUGCUAGUGUUUGAGAUAGAAAAUAAAUGUUAAGAACUGGAUGUCUAACAACCAGGAAGCAUGACAUGACGUACCUGCCAGGAAUCUUCCUUUGUGUGUUUCUUCCUCAAGCUGGUUCCAAAACAACGUGAGCAAACAUCUUGGCAACCUUCUCCUUGAUUGUUUGGGAGCCUCGUAAAAAGCAAUCAAAACUUAUAAAAAUUACGGAUCGUACAGUCGGAUGUCAACAUGCGACACAUGCUCCCGUAGGGAACAUAAGCGAGGAUACGAUUUUGAUUAAAAAUUUUGGGGUGUCACAUGAUCAUGCCAUUUCUAAGUAUUUGUCACUGUGGAGACACGUGCGAAUGUUGUAAUGGGACUCUGUAUUUUCACUCAGCCUCCAUCCAAAUACUGGUGACAUUUAGGAAUGUGAAUUGGUUCAAAUGUAAAUGCAAAAUUUAACAAGAAUAUGUUUCACUGUUUAAUUUUUUUGACAAAAGUUUGUGUGAGGUGUGAUCACAAUAAAAGCUCCUAAAUUGCUGUUUUUCCCUCAGAGAAUUCACUAUGUGACAAUACUUUGGAAGAUUUAACCUUGCACGUUUUAGCUCUCCCUGCACUCGGUCUCAAUUCACUCCUUUGUAUAUUUCUGUAAAUAAAUGUAUUUUUCUAAUCAAAUUUCAAAUUUAUUUCUAUAGCCCUUUACAAAAACCCGAAAGGUCCACAAAGUGCUUUGCGACAACGAUAUAGUUAUACAACUAUGGGGCGCAGUUUGUAAAGCAGCACAUGCUCAAAAUUACAAAAGCAUUUUCUCACAUUUAGCACCACGCAGUGUUAAAAAUGGUGUAAAAUUUUUAGUCACUUUUUUUUUUUUGCACAUUUACAACAUUAUUUAGCAACUUAUAUUUAUUUUUAAAUAAGUUUUGGACCUGACUGUUUAAAUCUAGAACUAAAUAAUUUAAAUCUUAAACUUAUAUCCUAUAUCCUAAAUGUUAAAUCAGUAAACAGUCGGAACUAGAGAUGAUGCCGAUCGAUCGAGUCCGAUCACGUCAUUUUCAAAGUAUCGGAAUCGGCAAAAAAAUAUCGGUCAUGCCUUUUUUUUUAAUAUAUAUAUAUAUUUUUUUGAUUAAAUCGUUUUCUAAUUGUAUUUAACGUUACAGACAUAAUAUGUUACUCAUCCAGAGUCUUUAGUUUAGGCUUAAGGUAGGGUUAUCAAAUUUAUCCCGAGAACGGCAGUAAUUAAUUUUUUAAAAAUGUAUCACGUUAAAAUAUUUAACGCUAUUGAUGCAUGUGCUGCACAACCCACUCACGCAUUGUCACGCUCAAUCUGUAAUGGCGCAGGUUUACAUAUAUAGAGGGAUAAAAGGCAGUGUAAAAUGAGUAGAGUGAAUUUUGGCAGCCUUUGGAGCCUUUUUUUAAUUGGCUAAAGCCUUACAAUCCCUCUCCCUACGAUUAGAAAUAUAAUGGGAAGCAAUGUGGGGAAGCAAGGUAGCUAUACAUCUUUUUCUUAACACCUUAUGUUAUUUCCCAACGCAGAGAAGAUAUAUCAAUUGGUAGCUCUAUGCACAGUCAUGGUUCCACUUCCCAUCAUGCAUUUGGGCAUGGCUACAGUAUCAUUUACUGAAAGCUCAAGAAAUACACUACAUGGCAAUAUUUAGAUCCCUCUCACAGAAUGUUAAUAAUGUAAAUGCCAUCUUGAGGAUUUAUUGUCGUAAUAAACAAAUACAGUACUUAUGUACUGUAGGUUGAAUGUAUAUAUUCGUCCGAGUUUUAUUCAUUUUUUCCUUCAUGCAUUGCCAAAAUGUAUAUGAUCGGGAAAAAUGAUCAGGAAUGAUUGGAAUUGAAUCGGGAGCAAAAAAAAAAAGCAAUCGGAUCGGGAAAUAUCGGGAUCGGCAGAUACUCAAACUAAAACGAUCGGGAUCAGAUCGGGAGCAAAAAAACAUGAUCGGAACAACCCUAGUCGGAACUAAAUAUUUAGCUCAAUACGCAAAUUCACAUGAAUGGAGACAGGAAGUAACGAAAUUAAAGAUGGAGCACACAAAAUACUCUUUAAAUAGUUUCUCCUAAAUAUGUAUUUUACCUUUAUAUUGUUAUUAUCACAACGAGUCAUGUCCAAGAGCAGACUGCCACCAUUGAGUAGGUUUUAUUCCUUUUCAUGCAACAUAAACAGACAGUCUGAGCUGCUCCACCAGCUUUUAUUUUGUUACUUCCGCUCUCCGGUCAUGUGAAUUUGCAUAUUAAGCUAAAUAUUUAGUUCCAACAGUUUCCAGAUUUAGUAACUCGGCUAUAGGGUAUAAAUUUAAAAUUUAAAUUAAAUUAGGGCUGUCAAAAAUAUCGCGUUAACGGGCGGUAAUUAAUUUUUAAAAUUAAUCACGUUGAAAUAUUUGACGCAAUUAACGCACAUGCCCCGCUCAAACAGAUUAAAAUGACAGUAUAGUGUAAUGUCCGCUUGUUACUUGUUUUUUGGUGUUUGGCGCCCUCUGCUGGCGCUUGGGUUCAACUGAUUUUAUGGGUUAGUACCAUGAGUGAGCAUGGUGUAAUUAUUGACAUCAACAAUGGCGAGCUACUAGUUUAUUUUUUGAUUGAAAAUUUUACAAAUUUUAAUCAAAUGAAAACAUUAAGAGGGGUUUUAAUAUAAAAUUUCCAUAACUUGUUCUAACAUUUAUCUUUUAAGAACUACAAGUCUAUCUAUCCAUGGAUCGCUUUAAGAGAAUAUUAAUAAUGUUAAUGCCAUCUUGUUGAUUUAUUGUUAUAAUAAACAUACAGUACUUAUGUACCGUAUGUUGAAUGUAUAUAUCCGUCUUGUGUCUUAUCUUUCCAUUCCAACAAUAAUUUACAGAAAAAUAUGGCAUAUUUUAUAGAUGGUUUGAAUUGCGAUUAAUUACGAUUAAUUAAUUUUUAAGCUGUAAUUAACUCGAUUAAAAUUUUUAAUUGUUUGACAGCCCUAAAUUAAAUAUUUAGUUCUGCAUUUAAACAAUCAGGUCCAAAACUUCUUAUUCAAAAAUAAAUAUUUAAGUUGCUAAAUAGUGUUGUAAAUGUGCAAAAAAAAGUGACUAAAAAUUUCACACCACGUUUUAAACACUGUGUGGCGCUAAAUGUGUGAAAAUGUUGUCGUUAUUCUGAGCAUGUGCUGCUUUACAAACGGCGCCCCAUACACAACAAAAUUGAGAAAAAACGAAAACAAAAAAACGCAUCGCGAUAACAGUCAAAACAGCAAAUAAAACAUAAAAUCCGAAAGCAUUAAAAUGCUUAAGAUAUAAAACCAGGCUACCCUAGUCUGGAUAAAAGGAGUGUCUAAAAAAAGGGGCUUUCGGGGGGCAGCAAUGGCAAAAGAUCAAUCACCCCACUGCCAGAAUGCCCAACAUGAGCCGAAUUUGACACCCAAAGUACUACCGUAAGCUUUCAACUUGUUUUGUUUAGCGUCAUACAUGAAAGUGGCUAGAAUUUCUUGCCGGAACUCCGACGUGAAGGUGGCCAUGGAGCCAGAAAUUUUUUUUUGGGGGGGGUGUCAAACCUCUUAAACGACUGAAAUGCAAAGAAAACUUUUAGCACAGUUAUUUCUAUAACACAUACAAAAACUGAUUUUCAUUCAAAAUUGAUACUAAAGGUAGCAGAAAAAUUGCAAACAGAACAGGCCCUAAAAUAGAGCCUUGUGGAACCCCGCAGGAGAUGUUUGUGAGAGGGAAAAUUCCCAAAUCACUACUGAGCACAGCCUAUGUUCAAGGUACGAUUUAAACCAUUGUAGAGCGUUACCACGGAUUCCUUAUGAAAAGUGCUCUAAAUGAGAAACAAGGACUGUAUGGUCUAAAUACAUGAGUUGUAAAUUGUUGAGUUAAUUAUCGAGGGUUGAUUGAAUAUUUACUUGAUUGAUUGAAUAUUUGCUUGUGCUCAUAUAUACCUAAUAUACAUAAUACAUACUGCCAUAUUUUUUCUUAUUGAUAUAACCAGUAAAUGAUUAUUGCCUGCUAUACUAGGUUGUAGUAUAAUGUUUAAGUGUUAUAAAGUGUUAAAGAGGGUUGGGGUGACAACUGCCUUGCUUCAUGGCCGCAACAUUGCGUAACUAGACCUUCUGGGACAUCUUCAGCAUCUUACGUCUAGACUUUCGUCUAGACUUUCGAGGACAUCUUCCAUUCGAGGACAUCUUCCAUGGCCGCAGCGUUGCAUAACUGAAGUGUCUGGGUCAUUCUGACCACUUUAUCUAAGUGCCUUUGCUUACACACGUGUAUUUAGUUAGUUCCGCCUACAUGCUCACACAUAGCCAAUCAAAAUCACAUGGGUGUCUCCAGCUUGCUUUCCCCCUCCCUUUAGGGCGGCACCUUUCUGUGUUAGGACAAGCCCCUAAUAAAAGAAAGAGCAAGGAGUUUAGAAGAAACAAGUCCAUGUCAGAAAGCCAUCAAAUGUAACUGAUUUGCACCAAUUCUGUCAAGAGGAGAGGUCAAAGAUUCAACCAGAAGCUUGCCAGAAGCUUGUGGAUGGCUACCAAAAGCGCCUAAUUGAAGUGAAAAUGGCCAAGGGGCAUGUUACCAAAUAUUAGCGCUGCUGUAUGUAUAUUUUUGACCCAGCAGAUUUGAUCACUUUUUUCUGUUCACCCAUAAUAAAGUAAUAAAAGAACCAAACUUCAUGAAUGUUUUU